AUGAAGAUCCUCUUUCUGUGCACAGCACACAACUCGCUCUCUCAGCGGCUGUUCCUUGCCCUGUGUCAGACGCAUUCAGUCACUAUUGAAUAUGCCCUCUCAGACAAGGCCAUGAUUGAGGCCGCAGCCCUUGCCCAGCCGGACCUCAUCAUCUGUCCCUUUCUGACGUCCCGCAUUCCUCCGGAGAUACACACAGCCUACCUCACCCUGAUUGUCCAUCCUGGGCCGCCCGGAGAUGCCGGUCCCAGUGCCAUCGACUGGGUCCUCAUGGGCGACGACGGUGCGGUCCCCGAGUCCAGUCAGCUUCUCCAGACACGCACUUGGAGCCGGGAAGGCCGCUCCCAUUGGGGUGUCACGGUAUUGCAGGCCGUUGCAGAGCUGGAUGCCGGCCCAAUCUGGGCAUUCGAGCAGUUUCAAAUCGACAUUGACGCGCCGGGCGUCACCAAGUCGACGCUCUAUCGUGGAUCCAUCACCAGGGCCGCCAUCACUGCCACCCUGGCGGCUCUUGUCCGCAUCGCGACGGCAGCUCAUCGGCAUACAUACCAUGGCGCCACCUACUCCCUGUCCCAUCUUGUGCCAGACAUGGCGUAUCGUCUCUCGUCGGUGACAAAGCAGCUCCCCUUCCUCGGCGGCGCAACCCAUCGUCGGCCUCUUCUCAAAGCCGCCCACCGCGACUUUGAUGUGCGCUUAGACACGGCCAGUGACAUCUCACGGAGGGUUCGCUCUGCCGACUCGCAACCGGGCUGUCUCUCGCGGGUGUUUGGUGGCCCGAGCCUGUAUAUCUACGGUGGCACAAUCGAGGAGCGGCCAGACCUGCUGAAAGGCGUGGAGGACGAGCCGGGCAGCAUCAUUGCGUGUAGGGACGGUGCUGUCUGCAUCGCCACUUGCGACGGCUUGGGCAUCUGGAUCACCCACGUUCGCCGAGUGAAGCGCAAGGCCGAUGCCAUGCUCUGGCCCAAGGUGCCUGCAGCACAAGGCUUGUGUGAGCUCGGCCUCGUACAGUAUGGCGCGUUGGAGAGGAUGCUCUCGCCACGCCCGACAGUCGACUGGUCCAAGGCAGCGCACUCGACGCACCAGGAGAUCUGGGUCGACUUUGCGUCGUAUCCUAACGCUCGGCGCGUCGCCUAUGUCUACUUUGACUUCUACAACGGCGCCAUGAGCACCGAGCAAUGCUCGCGACUGAUAGAAGCUCUUGAGUUUGUUGCGUCGACGCACGUCGUCGAGAGGCGUCUGAGUGCCGUCGUGCUCAUGGGCGGCGACUCGUACUUUAGCAACGGCAUCGCCCUCAACGUCAUCGAGUCGAGCCGUGACUCUGCUGCUGAGACGUGGCGCAACAUCAAUCGCAUCGACGACGUGGUGCACAUGCUACUUGACGACUUUCCGCGUCGCAGUAUCGCUACUGUCGCUGCGCUACGAGGCAACUGUGCCGCCGGAGGCGUGGCUCUGGCGGCGGCAUGCGACACCGUCAUUGUGGGCUCCGAGACGGUGCUCAAUCCCGCGUAUCGAGCUCUCGGCCUGCACGGGUCUGAAUAUCACUCUUUGUCUUAUACCGGAAGAUGCGGCGACAGGGGUGCGAGGCGCCUGUUGCGAGACAUGGUUCCUAUAUCCCCUUUUCGCGCGAGAGACAUGGGAUUAGUCGACCAUGUGCUGCCUGGGUCGGGGCAGCUACUUGACACCAGGAUUCGUAACCACAUCAGGGCCAUGAUCCCCAGGGCCGACUUCCAAUACGUGCCGGGCAAGUGGAAAGCCGGAGUCGACGUGAGCCUUUCCGGACUGGCAGCGGCCCGGGCCCAUGAGCUUGGAGAGAUGGCAAAGGACUUGUGGAGCGCCAGGUCAGAGAGGUACGACUCGAGAAGACGGGACUUUGUGCGCAAGAUCAAGCCUGUGCGGACGCCGUUGCGGUUUGCGUCGCAUCGGCGUCGGGGGGAAGAAGAAGACGAGGAGGAGAGUGAUUUGUUUGAUGACGCGGCCAACUUUGAGAAACAGGCCUUGGAAAGGAUGGUCCAGUCGAGGUUACUGGAGAUGGAGCAAGAACAGCCGAGUACGCCCCCGAGUCCUGCCAGCAGCAGAGGCCCAAUGGACUGUUGUGACCAGGACUUGACCAUGUUGCCUCACAUAGAGGUCGGAACGAGGCGGAGCUUGGGACCGGUAUUUUCUUGCUAUUAUUCAUAUGAAAAGGCUGAUGAGCGGAAUAACGAGGUGGUGUAA